AUGGUUGAUGAACCAGAGGAAGUUGAGACAGAAGCUGACGUUGAAAAAGAUCAAGAUCAGCUAUCUCCUGAAACUGAGCAUUUGAUGAAAGAUAUUGAUGACACUUUGGAAGCUGGGAAAUCAGCAAGUAAAACAGUAGGCGAUGAUGAAGAAAAGGGCUUAUCUGGUUCUGAAGAUGAGGUUGAUGCUGAAGUUGAUAAAUUGUACUUAACAAUGGAAGAAUUCAUGAACCCGCUCAGUGAAAUGUAUGCGUUUGCUGGUAACAGUGGAGAUGAUUCAACAAACCGAACAAAUGAGAAUACUCCAAGUACGAGAAAGACAUUGUCGGAAGCACUUAGUGUGGAGAGCGUUUAUGGAACUUACAAUAAGCCACCAAAGCUGUUAGCAAUUGAAGAUUAUAAUCGGUGGGCAAAACGAUUCGAGGAAUGGUUGAAAGCCUUCGCGUACCCCAGUUGGAAAAGCUUAAAAAACGGCUUUAACAAUGGAAGAGAAGACUUUGAGAACAUGUCAGAAAGUGAAGAGAUUGAAUAUUUUGUGGCUGAACAAAAAUGUCUAGCUUUGAUUAACCAAUCAGUGAGAGAAGAUAUUAUCUCACUGAUUGAUUAUUCAAACGUAAAGGAUCUCUGGGAUAAAUUACAAAAGAAAUGUGUCGUUGACUUGAAAAAUGGUCAGAAUUUUAGUGAGGAGUCGGCGAAACAACAGAUGAUUUUCUUAGCAUUUGUAUUGGAGUCAUAUGAGGGAAACGAGUAUGCUGAUGAAUCGGCUAAUCCGUUCCGAGAAGAUUACUAUAAGAAAGCCAUUUAUCAUCAGAACAAAUCGGAACCUCCAAGGCUGAAGCAAAUUAAAGAAAAAGAUAAGGAAAAGUCAAGAGCCCUAGUGGUCAUUCAUGAUGAUAAGGGAUAUGACUGGAGUGAGAUAUUGCCUGAAGAAGAUGCGGUUGGUUACGCAUUCGCAACAGGAAAGAUUAUUCAGUUCAAAGAUACAAGAACAGAAGAAGAAAAGUUUGUGAACAGAAGAAUGAAAGCCCAAACAAAACAAUAUGCUGAAGAAGAGGAAGCUAGACAAAGAGAAUGGUGGGGUGAAGGAGAAAAGAAAGUGGAAAAGAAAGAAGAAAAGGAGAAGUCGGCAGAAAAGAAGAUCGAUGAUGGGGUGAUAGAUACAUCACAGGAGCUCACAGCCGAAAAUCUGACGAAGAUGGCAGACAAAGUUCUAGCUGCAAAGGAACUGGAGGUAGAUUCUAGUUCUGGAACUGAGUCAAACGCCAAGGAGUACGCGUGCAGGUGCCCAACGUUCACAAAGACUCUUUCUCCAAGAGACUCGGUCCAGGUCGUUCAAAUGAAGACGUUGAAGCCGCAUUACCCGGACUACAACGUUAACAAUGGAAUAAUCGGAAGCAUCCCGUAUUUGUAG